GUGGGGGGCGAAUGAACGAUCGCUGUUGACUCAAACGAAGUCAAUGUUUAUCGUUUCCAGUUAUCUUUCGGGAUCUCAUCGAGAUUGCUUCCCUUUUCCAGAUUCCAACUUCACUCUCUAUUUAUGAGCGAUAGCUUCUCGAAUUGCAGCAGACGACCAAGACGAAGAAGAAAGGGAUGAGCGGCAGAGGCGAAUCAGCGUCCGCCCAUUGCGGCACAGGCGUGGUGGGGAAGCCGGUGGAGCGUCAGGAGGAUCCCGCGAGCGAGCACGCCACCACGUUGGUUGCCAGCGAGGCUCGCCCCGCAAGCAGCUCGGCCCCCGGUGUGGUCAGCGCCAACAAAAGCAGCGAGAACCCGUAUCUCCAGCUUGCCUCCAUGCUGUCCAGCUUCAACGUCGGUCCGGUGAAUGCUUCUGGAAAGUCUGGCUGGAAUCCCAUGAACAAGGUAUCCAAAACCUUGAAGAAGGUAGAUGAUGCUAAAAGGAACGCAGAGGCGCUCGCGGACAACGUCUGGCAUCACCUUAAAACUAGCAACAGCAUCACCGAUGCAGCAAUAGCUCGACUUGCUCAGGGGAAGAAGAUGCUCUCAGAGGGGGGACGGGACAAAAUAUUUGAACGUAAUUUUGACAUUCAGGUCGGAGAGAAGCUCCUGAAGGCAUAUGCUUGCUAUCUGUCCACUUCCUCCGGGCGUGUCAUUGGGACACUGUAUUUGUCAAGCAAGAGGCUGGUCUUCAGUGGUGAUGAGCCUAUUUAUAAAUGCUCUCCCUCAGGGCAGGAAGAGUGGGUUUAUUACAAGGUAGUUCUGCAGCUCGAUCAGUUGAGCUUUGUUUGUGCUUCUUCAAAAGAGUCGGAUCCCUCUGAAAAGUACAUCCAGGUUGUUACGAGGGAUGGCUAUGAAUUCUGGUUCAUGAGUUUUGUAUCGUAUGAGAAGGCUCUCAAGAACAUACAUGAGGCUCUACAGCACAAUCGUGAGAUUAACAUGGCUGGAAGGACACAAGAACGUUCAGUCGCCCGAGAAGGGAAGUGAUAUUCGUGUUAGCAAUUAAACCAAAUUCCUUUCGGAGGAAGUUGCUGAUUAUGCGAAGAAGUUAUCGAUCUCGGUGGACCAGUUGUCAAUUCAGUUGAAAAGUUGUCGAUGUCAAUUUCAUGGUUGUCAAUUAGCUACCUGGCUGUCGAUGUCUGUUGGGCUUCCAAGACUGGUGCAAGAAUUGACAGUCUUUGUUGUAAUGUUUCUUUUAAGACUCAAAAUGGGGUGAAUUUCUGAAGCGUAUGUUCGUGUUUCUGCGUUUAAUGUUUUGUAAGUUCAAGGAAUCUAUCUCCUUGAAAUGCAGGGUGCAUUUAUGAGUCUUUUCAAAAGAAGAUUAAGAGUCAUGUAAUAAACAAGUCUUGUGAUCAUUUC